CUUAGACGGAACAGUUUGUAAUAAAAGCUCCGCAAAUGUUCCGUCAACACAUCAGCAUCUUUUGGAAGCGCAAUGCUGGCUUUUGCAUUUGUCCCAAAUUGUAUCGACCAUGAGUUGGGUUUGGAGUUAAAACUCUUAAUGCCGGGCGCCCGCGCUGGGGUUGUACCAGAGUUUCGUAAUGGCGAGCACAAGUUCCAAUGCCUCUAAAACCAGCGGAACAUUGCUUAGAGCAUCCUGCGUUCCAUCAUAAAGCUCACGGAGUCCGUUAAGCCCGUAGACUCCCUGGUUCUUCGUUAUAUAAUGUGUAGCAUGACCCAUGAAAGCAUUCCUACAAGAGAGAAGAUAACUCAAUCGAAUUUCGACAGACGUUACAUAACCCAUCUCAAACAAAUACCAAACCCAUAAUGUCCAAAUACUCAGCUGCUUUUGCAAGCCCGCAAGGCCCCGGCGAUGCUCGACCUACCGCUUUACAGAUUAUCAAAGACGAGGGGCUUGUCGGCAAGUUAACAAACAAAACCGUGUUCAUCACCGGCGCCAACCAGGGCAUCGGUCUAGAAACAGCUCGGGCUCUCAACGUAGCUGGCGCCACAGUCUUUCUUGGCGUUCGAGACUUGAAAAAAGGACAGAAGGCCAUCGACGAGAUCCGUUCUUCUCCCGAGUCCAAUCAGAAGGCACCUUUGCACCUGGUCGAGAUAUCUCUCGACUCACUUGACUCAGUGCGCUUAGCGGCCAAGGCUCUACUUGCUAAUUGUCCUAAGCUCAACAUUCUCAUUCUCAACGCAGGCGUCAUGGCUACCCCCGAAAGCCAGACAAAAGACGGUUUUGAGACCCAACUUGGUGUCAAUCAUUUGAGCCAGUUCCUCCUGUUCCAACUCCUCAAGCCAGCCUUGUUGGAUGCUAUCACUCCUAUGUUCAACUCACGCGUUGUUAACCUCACAUCUAUGGGACACCGUGGCGGUGAGAUCCGAUUUGAAGAUAUAAAUUUCGAAGAGCCAGGUUCAUAUGAUCCUUGGGUUGCCUACGGCCAGUCGAAAACAGCCUCCAUCUACAUGGCCAACGAGAUCGAAAAACGAUACGGAUCUCGAGGUCUGCACGCAAUCUCAGUGCACCCCGACAGCAUCGCUACCAACCUAGGCCAAUACCUUGAUCCGGAGGUGAUCGAGGUAAUGAAGAAAGACACCAGCUCCUUACGGUACAUGAGCGACAUUCCUCAGGGUGCAGCUACUUCCGUGUUUGCGGCCAUUAGCAAGGAGUGGGAAGGACGGGGUGGCCGCUAUCUGGCCGAAUGUCGCGAACAAGGACCGAUGAAAGCCGGAACUUCCCCGUUGAGCAUGGUGGACCUCGGCUAUGCUCCGUGGGCAUAUGAUGACGUGAAGGCUUCAAAGCUAUGGCAAGUCUCGUGCGAACUAGUCGGAGUUCAUGACGAGUAAAACGUUUCAGUCGAAAGUGUUUUGAUUGCCGCAAGGAGAUUGUGACGUUGGGACGUCUUAAGCAGUGUUUUCCUGUUAGUUGACGACACUCACUGUCUACUGAAUAAAGAAAUAGACGCGAAGUAUAUAAACUCUUCAAUAUACAGCCAGAUUAUCUCUAGUUAGCUCGCAAGUGUACAUUUUGAGGUCCGAG